UCCCAACUAAAAUAGCAUCAAGAGAAAAAGCUAAAAAUUUGUCUUUAAUCAACAAAAUGCAUGCAUUGGACACUUCAUUAUUCCCAAACUUUCAGUUGGCGUCGAUGGGAGAGUACGAGAGCUACAACAUUAUCGGAGAUAACCAUAGCAACGGCACGUUUCUUGAUUUUCCAGUGCCGAAGACGUAUGAAGUGGUUCAUCACCAGACCAGCUUAGGGGUUUCUGUUCCGUCGGAGGGAAAUGGAACAGACAACGAUUUGGUCAUGAUCAAGAAGCUUAAUCACAAUGCUAAUGAGCGUAACCGUCGCAAGAAAAUCAACUAUUUGUUCGAAUCUCUUAGUUCAUGUCUUCCUGGCUCUGAUGAGUCGAAGAAGCUAAGUAUUCCUCAGACGAUUUCACGGAGCGUGCAGUACAUACCGGAGCUGCAAGGGCAAGUGAAGAUGCUAAACCAAAAGAAGGAAGACCUCUUGGCACGAGUAUCGGGUCAAAGAGAACGUUACGUUAAGUCGCAACCAAAGGUGGUUGCUAGUUAUGUCUCCACCGUUUUUGCAACUAUGCUUAGAGACAACGAAGUGAUGGUCCAAAUCUCAUCGUCCAAGAUUAUGAAUCUUUCGAUAUGUAAUGUGCUGAAUGGAUUAGAAGAUGAUGGGUUUGUUCUCGUGGAUAUUUCAUCUUCAAGUUCUCGGGGAGAACGAGUCUUUUAUACUUUGCAUCUUCAAGUGGACAAGAUUGAUAAUUACAAGCUAAUUUCCGAAGAGUUAAGUCAAAGGGUUUUGUACUUGUAUGAGAAAUGUGGGAAGUCGUUUAAAUGA